AUGGAGGAAAAGUUAAAAGAAUACGAAAAGUUAAAGCAAGAAUUGAAAAAAUCUCUACAGGAAAAAACCCAAUUAGAAGAUGAGUAUGACAAAUUGUUACAGGAAGUGUACAACAAAGAAACUGAAUACCUAUCGAAUAGUACAGGUUCUAAGGGUACAUUCUCUGGAAAUAUAGUAAAGGGUUUUGAUGGGUUUGCUAAACCACACGGCCAUGACUCAAAUGGCGCAUUUCAUAAUUCUGAUAGAAUCUUUUCAUUGAGUAGUGCAAUCUAUAUUAAACAACAAGAAUCACAAAAUCAUAACCAUGGUCAGGACUGA